GCUUAAACCCUAGACCCUAGAAUAUUCUUUUACCAACUCAAUCAGAGCAACAUUUUCGUAAUCCGAUCUCCGUCGUCGUCGUCGAAGCAGAGAGAAAUGGCGAAGCGUUUGAUCCCGACUCUCAACCGUGUAUUGGUGGAGAAGAUUCUUCCACCAUCAAAGACCGUCUCCGGCAUUCUCUUACCGGAGAAAUCAUCUCAGUUGAAUUCCGGGAAAGUGAUAGCAGUUGGUCCUGGAGCUAGAGACAGAGCUGGGAAUCUGAUUCCUGUUUCGGUUAAGGAAGGAGACAAUGUUCUUUUGCCUGAAUUCGGUGGUACUCAAGUUAAGCUAGGAGAGAAAGAGUUCCUUUUGUAUAGGGAUGAAGAUAUCAUGGCUACACUUCACGAUUGAUGUGGGAAAGAGAUAGAAUUGGUUCUUUGCUAUUCGUUUUGUUGUCUGCGAUAGUCUAUUGAUUUCGACUUUUGGAUCAAUUGUUAUGAUUGUUGUUCAUUGUUGGCAACAAGUUCUUAUAAUUCAAUAAUCUCUUUUGUUUGGGAA